GCUAACCCCUCGAAUAUUCUUCCUCUACCGUUAUAUCACCCGCACCCUCUCCUCGCCUCUAGUCUCUCACCUUCCUUUUCCCUUUACUUUACUUUCCCUCUACUUUCUCACCAACCAAACACUCGCAAACCAUUCUCCUUCCAUUACACUUCACAAACACGCACCAUGAAGUUUGGCAAGAGCCUUAGCAACCAGAUCGAGGAGACCUUACCUGAAUGGCGAGACAAGUUCCUCUCGUACAAGGAACUCAAGAAGAGAUUGAAGCUCAUUGAGCCAAACAAAGGCGGAGAUAGGCCUAUUAAACGGCCCAGAUUGGACGCCGGAGAUUGUACCGACGAACCCUCUGGAGGAGACAAUAAAGAUGCCAUGACAAAAGAAGUGAUUGAUUUCAUUAAACUCUUGGAGGAUGAGCUCGAGAAAUUUAACACCUUCUUCGUGGAGAAGGAGGAGGAAUAUAUCAUCAGAUUGAAGGAGCUGCAAGAUAGGGUAGCAAAGGCUAAGGAUUCCAGCGAAGAGAUGAUAAAAAUAAGGAAGGAGAUUGUCGACUUCCAUGGGGAGAUGGUUUUGCUGGAGAAUUAUAGUGCUCUUAAUUACACAGGAUUGGUAAAAAUACUAAAGAAGUAUGACAAAAGAACUGGUGCUCUCAUUCGCUUACCCUUCAUCCAGAAGGUGUUGCAACAGCCCUUCUUCACCACUGACCUGCUAUACAAGCUUGUGAAAGAGUGCGAGACAAUGCUUGAUCGCCUUUUCCUAAUAAAUGAACCACAAUCUUCGGUUGAAGCAGUUGAUGGGGAUGAAGGAUGUGAUCCUUCAACUUCUGCAACCACCAAGAAUGAUGGUCUGCUCACAAUACCUAAGGAACUUGCAGAGAUUGAACAUAUGGAGAGCUCGUAUAUGAAGAGCACCAUUUCAGCGUUGCGAGUUUUGAAGGAAAUUCGAAGCGGAAGCUCUACUGUUAGUGUAUUUUCAUUGCCACCGCUGCAGUUGAGCGGUUUGGAAACUUGGAAGAAGGUUCCCAUUCUGGAACAGGUGGCCAAGUAAUUGGACUUUGAGAAAGGAAAUGCUACCACCAUAUAUCACUUUGUUUUGAGAUCACUUUUUUUUGGUUGCCUUUCAUGCAUAUUUUAUGCAUGUUUUAGAUACUAACACCGAUGUAAAAUGUUUAAUUCAAGCUGGAAUGAAUAAUAUAUAAGCAGUUAAGCACAA